GUCGUUUUAGCCUACUUGAAGUUCUCAUCGGCUCAAUUCCAUCGAUUUGGCUCGCGUUCUCUUGACAAGGCUACGGUCACUUACGGAAGACUACGUUUUUGACGUCCCAAACUGCUGCAGGUCCUGUCUUGACCGUUUGUACCGCCCGGCUUCGAAGCUCUGAACACUCUAUCAAUACCCCGAAAUGCCACAAGCACCAUUAGCGUCAAAAGACGGGUCACUGUUUCGACAGGUCCUAAAGUGUUACGAAACAAAGCAAUACAAAAAAGGCUUAAAGGCUGCUGAGCAAAUCCUCCGUAAGAACCCUAAACAUGGAGAAACUCUCGCGAUGAAAGGCCUCAUUACAAACUCACUUGGACGGACUGAGGAAGCAUUCGCAAUAGCUAAGGAGGCUCUGCGGCAGGACAUGAAGUCCCACGUCUGCUGGCAUGUCUAUGGAUUGCUCUACCGGUCUGAGAAGAACUUUGAGGAAUCUAUUAAGGCAUACAAAAUGGCUCUUCGGUUCGAACCGGAAUCCCAACAAAUAUUAAGGGAUCUAGCACUGUUGCAGGUUCAGAUGAGAGAUUAUCCCGGCUACAUUGAAUCUCGGGGUAAAAUCCUUCAGGGGCGCCCACAGCUCCGACAGAACUGGACGGGAUUGGCGGUUGCAUAUCAUCUUGCCGGAAGUUACGCCGAGGCUGAGAAUGUGCUGAAAAAGUACGAAGAGACUUUAAAGAACCCCCCAAGCAGAGGAGACAUCGAGCACUCCGAGGCGUGCUUGUAUAGGAAUGUAGUGAUCGCCGAAUCAGGCGAUAUCGCACGAGCCUUGGAGCACUUGGAAUCGAUAGCGAAAGUUUCUUUGGACAAGAUCUCUGUGAUGGAAUACCGGGCGGAUUACCUUCUUCGAUUGGACCGGAGAGAGGAGGCAGAAAAGGCGUACCGGGCUUUGCUAAACCGCAACUCGGAAAAGCGAGAAUACUAUAAAGGUCUAGAGCAGUCGAUGGGAAUUGAUCCCGAAGACCGAAAGGCAAUGAGGGCGAUCUACGAUGAGUUUACUGAAAAGAAUCCCAGGAGCGAUGCCCCGCGAAGAAUACCGCUAGAUUUCCUGGAGGGGGGGGAUUUCAAACAGGCAGCAGAUGUAUACCUUCAGAAGUUGCUGAAGAAGGGGGUUCCAUCAACUUUUGCGAACAUAAAGGCUCUCUAUGCGGAUACCGCCAAGCGGGAAGUGAUUUUGGAGCUUGUAAAGGGCUAUUUAGCGUCUAUGGGAACUGAAGAGGAAACAUCAACAAAUGGUGAAACCAAUGGCGAUAAAUUGAAGCCGUCAGAGUUUAAGCUGUGGACACUCUACUUCCUCACCCAGCAUUAUGACCACCACCGAACCAGGGAUACCACUAAGGCCUCAGAAUACCUUAACCAGGCGUUAGAGCUUUCAUCUGGUACACUGGAACUGCACAUGACCCAAGCUCGGAUACACAAACACUCCGGGGAUUUUCAAAAGGCUAUGGAGAAGAUGGACCGGGCGAGGAAAUUGGAUACCAAAGACAGAUAUAUUAACACCAAGUGCGCCAAGUAUCAGCUCCGAAACGAUCGCAAUGAGGACGCUUUGAAGACCAUGAGUCUCUUCACUCGAAAUGACGCACAUGGUGGUCCGCUGGGUGACCUGUUAGAGAUGCAAUGCGUUUGGUUCAUCACCGAGGAUGGUGAAUCCUAUCUUCGCCAGGGAAAUCUUGGACUUGCACUCAAGAGGUUUCAUGCUAUUUUGAAAAUCUUCGAUGACUGGACCGAAGACCAAUUCGACUUCCACUCUUUCUCUCUUCGGAAGGGUCAGAUUCGCUCUUACGUCACGAUGCUACGAUGGGAGGACACUCUCCGUUCACAUCCAUUUUUCGUGAGAGCUGCUUUGGGAGCUAUCAGGGUGUACAUCAUGCUUCACGACAGACCGCAUCUUGCUCACGGCUCGCUUUCAAAUGGAAGUAGAGAAGGUACUAAUUUUGAAGGAAUGUCGCCCACGGACCGAAAGAAGGCCCUCAAGAAGGCCAAAAGAGAGCAGCAGAAAGCGCAGGAGAAGGCUGCAGAGUUAGCUGCCAAAGCCAAAGAAGACAAGGCCAAGAAUUCUCAGAUUUCCAAUGCUGAUGGUGAAAUGAAAAAGGAAGAUACUGAUCCUCUUGGGAAUGCUCUGGCACAAACGAAGGAGCCACUGGAAGUUGCGAUGAAAUUUCUGAUACCCCUUUUGGAACUGAGCCCUAAGAAGACUGAGGUCCAAUGUGCUGGAUUCGAAGUCUACUUUAGAAGGAAGAAGUGGCUGCUUGCCCUUAAGUGCUUAAUCGCCGCCCGCAAGACGGAGGAGGAAAACCCUGUCGUUCAUGAACAGUCUAUUAGAUUUCGACGAGCUGUGGAUUCUCUUGUCGACGAAGACAUCAAGGAACCCUCGAGGGAGGUUCUGACGGCGGAACUGGAGAGCAUACUCCCAAAGGAAACCGAUUUGAAGUCCUAUAACGAGGAGUUUCUGAAUUCGCACAGAGACAGUCCUAAACACGUACACGGAGCUCUCCGAGCCCGUCACUUGCUUAGCCCAGAGGACGCCAGCAUCGCUGACGAGCUGGCAAAUACACUUUCCCUCGAAAAUCUGACCCUCAAAGAAGCAGUAGAAGGCCAAGCUCUCCUUGCGGAUUUGAAAGUAGAGAAUAAAGAUUACAAUCAAAAAGCAUCUGAAAAGUUUCCAGACGCUGCCGCCUUUCGAACGGCUGUCUAGGAACGAUGGGUUUGUGAUGAAUAGGUUGUAACAGUGGGGGGGGAUCUUUUUCCCCCCCUUCCCCUUUUUUUCCUCUCAAAAAGUCUAAGUUCAGCUAUUCCUAUGGGUUCCGAAGACAAACAAAAAGUUGCCGGGGAUAAGGUUGUAACAUAAGUUUGUGGAGUGCGGUGGUGUUUGGAACCGAUACAAUGGAAACUCGAAAUCAUAUCUGGAGGAAA